CUUGAGCGCCAUUUUUUCCUCAAUAGGGGAAGAAAGGGACAAAAGCAGCACCAAAAAUAACUUGUCUUCAGAGGGGAUUUGCAAUCGCCGUCUUUAAUAUUUGACUACAUUGUACUAGCCGCGGUGUAGGACGACAGAGGAUGCUGCUCGGAUGAGUGUCUGUGUGCAGCGCCGGUGGCAGACGCACGCAGAUCACCGACACAGUUGAGGGCCGGUGGAAGUGGAAAACGGAGGUGGCACAGCGACAACUAACGUUAACCGACACCGAAAAUUGGACGAGGCUUGUGAGGAAUAAUGUAUCAGCUUCCGGUUUUAAAUAUUGAGAAGAUCCGAAGGGCACGCAAGGCGGUGAAAAACAUCCUUGGUGAGAUCGGCCUGGAGGACUGCCAGAACCUGUUGAAGGAUCUCAAUGAAAAUGCUGAGAAAACCUCAGAUGAAGAAGAGGUCUUCCAGGAAACUGAGUGGAUUGAUAUCACAGAUGGAUAUUAUCUCAAGCCACAGAAAAAGUGGCCUUAUCGGUCUCGAUCUAUGUGCUGCAGCCUGUGCAAGUACUCUUCACAGAACAUCUACAACUUCAGGAACCACGUCUCUCGCUGCCAUGGAUAUGUGCAGUCGUUCUGCGCGCUGUCGCCCUGCACUCAGUGCCUCUACAUCGGACACCCCAAGUACGUCAAGAAGCACAUGCUUUUCUUCCACGAAGGCUACUUGCAGCAGCCGAGGGAACUGCCUCAGCCCACCCAUCGAGGAAAUGAGCGAUAUCAGUGUCGAAGAUGUGGAUUCCCAGCCUCGUCCAUCUUCGCGAUGAAGAAGCACAUCAUCCUCAAGCACCUGAACAGUUUGGCAGAACAGUAUAUCGGGUUCCGAUUACACCACCAAGGGACUACAUCUAUAAAGAUCUACUGCUGCAAGGUGUGCAAGGUGAACGCUGGAAGCCUCGACCAAAUGUUGCAUCACAUGCUGGUCGAGCCUUCGCACUAUUCAGUCAGCACACAAGUGCAGAGUAUGAUUUAUGAGAACAAGAACUACACCAUUAAAGCAACACCUAAUGGGAAUGGCGUGUUUGUGACAUUCCCAAGCAUUGCUCCCAAACCGCAGCAACCUCAAAUGUUCAACAGUAAGUCGUUGGUUAUACCAAGUAACGGCCAGCCUGCGGGGACUGUGGUGGCUUUGCAGCAGUUACAAGGAAACCCAAACAGUGCUACUCUGAUCUGUGCCCCCGGAACCAACCAGGCUUUCCUGCCCCCUCAGGCGUCAGCGCUAGUGCAGCUAGCGAGCGCUGAAGCUAAAGGUUUGCUCCAGCCUGGUGCCACGAUAUCCCUCCGAAGUGCUUUGCCCCAAGGACAAUCUAUGGUCCAGCUUCCCACAGUGUCCAGCUUGACUUUAAAACAGGGUGCUAUGACUCUGACUCCUACUUCUGCUCAGCCACAACAGACUCCACAGCCGCAGCAAAUCCUCCUCCCACCAGGACUGCAGGCUAAUGUGGCAGCUGGAGCCGGAGCUGUAUCUAAACCUGCUGUGGUCACGCAAAAUGCACCAACAAACCAAAUCGCCCUUCAGGGCACCAUGCUGACUUCCCAAUCCCUGCUGAGUCAUCUGAUCCCGACUGGCAACAAGAUGAAUGGCAUGCCCACAUACACUUUCGCUCCGCUGCAAGUAGCAAUGCCUGCCUCUCACAGCACAAGUACCCCUCUCAAGGCUGUCGAGCAAACGAGGAACUCGACGCCACAAACUAAGAAAUGGAUUACAUGCCCCCUCUGCAAUGAACUGUUCCCUUCCAACGUCUUCGACAUGCACACAGAGGUCGCUCACCAGACGAAAUCCACCGCAUCCAAGUCAGAAAGUGUGGCGGCACGUGCGGCAUUCUUGAAGAAAAUGCCUGACAAAACUGUCAAAUGUCUCACAUGCAAAAUUCUGCUGUCAGAAAAAAGCGUCUUCCAACACCUGCUGCACGGCCUGAAUUGUUUGUACUGCUCCGCUUUGUUCUUUUCAAUCAAGCAGCUAGUUGAGCAUGUUAAGCAUCACAAUCCCACAAGCAAGACAUACUGUGAUUUUUUGAGGCAGAAGUACAGGGUCUACUCUAAAGGUGUUGGAGGAAUCCUGUUCCCGUACUUCGACGUCAACACCACCGCACCGAAAGAGGUCCUAGGAGACCUCGAGGUUAAUCUUGCCCUGGUCACAAACUCUCUCGACCUGAUCUUCUUUAAGUUGCAGCCCAGCAGCCAACCAGACAUCUGCAUGGCACCUGCGAAAAUCAACAGUGCCUAUUGUCCGUUCUGUGACGAAAAGUUUGACCAUGAAGCCAAACACCUUCAGCACCUGAGGCAAAAACACUUAGUAGCACCCACCAUUCAUGCUAUCCUCAAGACGGAGGCUUUCAAGUGCAUAUACUGCAACGGUGUGUACACAGGAAAAGUCACCCAGCAGGCGGUGAUGCUCCACAUCCAGCGAUGCCGUUGUUCACCAAAACAACCACAGCCGCCCAAACCUACAGCGGCACAGCCACCCAAACCCGCAGGACUACCACUGCUGCCCCCCAAACCCACUCAGCAGCUCAGUCAGCCGCUCUACUUCCUCCAAAUGCCUAAAGGGCUGACGAUGAAAAAGGCUUUAGCUCCAGCUCGUCUGAUUCCAGCCGCCCCCGAGCGUCCAGAGUCGACCCCAGAGACGCAGUCCCAGAAGAGGCUGGAGGCGGCGUGGAGGGAGGUCAUGGAGACCAACAAGCGAGAGCGAGAAGAAAGGGCGGCCAUGCGCAAGAGAAGGGAGCAGGAAAAGUUGUUGCCCCCGCCAGAGCCCGUGAUUAAGAUAGACCCCACGGUGAAGCUAAUGUUGCAGCCGACACCGAUCGAGUGCCGCCCGAGUGACGAGCGCAGAGACUUUAUAUCCAAAUACUUCAACGCCAACCCCUACGCGACCAAAGCCGAGACCGACGAGCUGUGCAAGAGGCUGUCCCUCACCAAAGCGGAGCUGGCGGCCCACUUCAGCAAGAAGCGCAGCAAGUGCAUGAAGAGCCUCAAGAGGACGACGGCCGCCAUUCUCCUCGGCUUCAACAUGACAGAACUAAACAAACUGAAGCACAAUCUCAUGAUCCCCGAACCGCAGCCGGCCGCCGACCCGACCGCCGAUUCAACGGAGCAGACGGAAGACACAGAGGAUGGACCAGAACCAAUGGAUGAGAGCGGAAAUGAGAAAGUGACGGAGGGGGAUCAGGUGGAGCAGAUGGAAUGUGAAAGCGGAGCGACAGCAAAUACAGAUGUCCCAAAUUAAAAACCACCCAGAUAUUUAAACCAUGGCCUUUUUGUGUUGAUAGCCACUGGAGAAGUUCUUCCAGUGCUUAUAAUGUAUUACCUAACAUACAAGUUACCUGUAAGUGAGGGCAGUCUCUUAAUGUAGCCCACAUUAAUAGUGCUUCGACUUCAGUAUGUUGUCAGUGGUCCAUAUCCUAACUUCCACAUAAACAGAGAUUAGAAUAAUAAAGAUGUAUUUUCACUGGGAUAUAAUGGUGUCAGACUGUUGAGCUGCAACAUUAUUUAGCUCUGCACUGAUUUCUUUCUGGUAGCUGCUUUUUUUGCACCCUUUAUUUAAGCCCACUUGUACAAAAUUGUGAUUCCUACAUCCUAAUGUCUGCUAAUAUCAAGACUGAAGUGCACACUCAUUAUAUUAUGCUUUCCUUUUAUAAACUGGUUUGUUGACCAUACUUGGACCUAUUUGUGUCAUGCUCACGGUUUUGUUAUCUUGUUUUCUCUUUUUUUUUUCUAGCAGAUUUUCACACAUCCCUCCCCUCUACAUUUAAAACAGUUCGGGGGGGGAAAUGGUUCAUGCUUAUUAACUUCAGAAGGUGAAUGUUGCAGUGAUGAAGCCAAAUUAUUAAGGGUGUACAAAUGUUUGAGUUGUCCGGGUGCUGAAUUCUCAGUUAAUUAACUUUUUUUUCAUGCAUCUCUGACUAUACUGUUUGCAUGAGCCUUUGUUUUAGAUGAAAUGUCAGAUGAAAUUAUGAUUUGUGCCAUUGUGAAGUCUACAUAUUUGCAUAGACUUGUGGAAAUUUACCUAGAGAUUCAACAAAAUAUAAAACAUAUUACUGGGUGUUCACCUUCUGUUUUUCUGUUUGGUUUUUUUGUACUACACUUGUAUUUUGUAUAAUUCCUAGAGGAUCAGAAAUGUUGGGAGAGGUACAAAUUAUCAUCCUGUCCAAGGCCACUGUGUUGUAACAAAUAAAGUGGUUUUCUUU